AUGUCAAGCAUCCAGGACGAGUUAAAUAUACUGUAUAGUGCUUUGCGUCAACAACGUAUUGUACUGUAUGCAGAUGCUGCUGCACUAACUUGGGUAGCCUAUGACAUUCUCCUUACCGCUUCCCAGGAACUUAAAGUUAUUUGGAGAGGGAAAGUCUCAUUAGCAAAGUUCUUUUAUUUCAUUGCUCGUUAUUACCCCUUGGCUAUGCUUAUUAUGAAUAUGGCCGUUGGAACUAACACAAGUGAUAUGAGUGAUACAUUAGCCCCAACUGCGGUUUCAUACGCUGUUGAUGCAUUGUUGAUAAUACGCCUGUAUGCAUUAUACAACAAGAACAGGCUGUUGUUAGGGGGUUUAUUAAUACUGUAUUUCGGCUGUCUUGUUACUGUCCCUGACGUGAUUGAGAACUCGAUUGCAGCCUGGACCAUUAGCCUAUUCCCACAACUAAAGACUUUCAUCUCCCAUGACUUGACCAUGGGAAAUAUUGCAGAAGAAGGUUCAACCAGAGGAACAAUUUUACACGCGUUACGCCAGACCCGCAAGCUAUCUCCGCUCUUCUCGCUUUUCAUGAGGGAUGGUACAUUUGCAUUCUUAGUGGUCUUCGCGGUAGUCCUUGUGAACUUAAUCUUUGCGGUAGCUGCCAAUAAAGGACCAAUAGAGCAGAUGGGUACUCCGUGCUUAUUAGCUGCAGACGCUGUCCUGGCAUCGCGUCUCGUUCUGAAUCUUGGAGGCUUUCUCGAUUCAUCUCCAGUUGUAACAAACUCCGGUGGAACAAGAGAUACUCACGGUCGUCCAACUAUGUCCGAGAAUCUCGGGACACUUCAGUUUGCAGACCGUCAAAAUUGUGAGGGCCAGAUGACGGUGACAACGUCAAUGGGGGAGCACGGCUUUGUUGCAUCAGAGCACAGGGAAGAUACGAGUAGUUAG